AUGUUGCUUGAGCAGGACACGAGUAAGGCGCCGACGCUGCUUGCACAGAGCAUUAAGCCAUCCAACUAUCAACUCUCCAUUUUCGAUAUUGAGUUUGGAGGACAAUGGAGUUAUCAAGGGAAGGCGGUAAUCGACGCUGAAGCCACUGUGUCGACCAACAAAAUCAUCGUGCAUUCUGAAAACCUCGAGGUAUUGCGUGCUGAGGUCAAGUGUGGUCUCGACUAUGUAUUAGUCCAGGAUGCCUCGUCGAUAUUGCCCAGCCGAGACGAAAAACAAGUCUGCUUGCAGUUCACUGAGCUAGUCACAAAAGGCCCAUUCCGCCUCCACGUUUCGUUCAGAGGUCAAAUUGACCCUGAUAUGACUGGAUUCUAUAGAUCCAAAUAUGAACCUCAUGGAGAUCUAGAUGCUGCUUCAGUAAAGGUGGGUAGUGACUGCUACAUGCUGGCAACUCACUUCGAGCCCUGUGAUGCCAGGAGGGCUUUCCCGUGCUUCGACGAGCCUCAUCUGAAAGCAACCUUCGAACUUGAGCUGGAAAUUCCUCUAGACUUGACUGCCCUGAGUAACAUGCCUGAGAAGUCCUCUCGACCUCUCGACGGCUCCAAAAAGGGCUUGAAGACAGUGUCUUUCGAGAAGUCCCCUGUCAUGAGCACAUAUCUUCUUGCGUGGGCUGUAGGCGACUUUGAGUACGCUGAAGCCUUGACGACGAGAACCUACAGCUCUGGAAGAAUUCCCGUGAGAAUCUAUACCACGAAGGGUCUCACCCAGUAUGCUCAGUUUGCGCUCAAAGAUGCCUGUGAUACUCUUGAUUUAUUCAGCGAGAGCUUUGGCGUCGAGUAUCCCCUUCCGAAAUGUGACCAUCUCGUGGUCCACGACUUCAUUUCCGGCGCUAUGGAGAACUGGGGAUUAAUCACAUAUAAACCGACGAAGAUUCUAUUCGAUCCAGUCACUGCAGACAACCGACUCAUGUCGAAGGCUUCUUAUGUUGUUGCACACGAACUUGCUCAUCAGUGGUUUGGGAAUCUGGUUACAAUGAGUGGAUGGAACGAGCUCUGGCUGAACGAAGGCUUCGCAACGUGGGCUGGUUAUUUUGCCGUUGAUCGACUACAUCCGGACUGGAAUAUAUGGGGGCAAUUUGUCGAUGAGGCCAUGGAAGAAGCGUUCGCACUGGACAGCUUAGACGCGUCACACCCGGUCGAGGUAGACAUCGCGAGUGAAAGCCAAGCACGCCAAAUGUUCGACAGCAUCAGUUACUGCAAAGGAAGUUCGGUCAUCCGCAUGCUUGCUAGCUAUCUCGGCAAAGGACCCUUCUUGAAAGGCAUCGCAGCCUAUCUUGAAAGCCGCUUAUAUGGCAACGCAACCUCAGAUGACUUGUGGCGAGCUCUCUCACAAGAGUCUGGUGUAGACGUGGCUGGGCUGAUGGAUUCUUGGAUACAUCGGGCAGGAUUUCCCUUGAUAAAUGUUGUCCCUGCGCUGGACAGCGUCGAGUUGUCCCAGAGACCAUUCAUUCGGAAGGCAACCAUUGACAAGGAUUCACUUUGGCAUAUACCUAUUGGUCUUGAUGCGCAGAAACACACAGGCGAUUGGAAACGGCUGUGUACAAAGUCGAUAAUGAUCAAAACCCCAGCGGUGUCCAAAAUCAACCACGAUCAUACCGGCUUCUAUCGCACCCACUACCCUUCAGAGUAUCUUCUUUCAAUUCUUCAAAUGCGUCAGAGCCUGUCAAGUGAGGACAAGGUGGGCAUUCUUGCUGAUAUGAGGGCUCUUGUAUUUGCGGGCUCAAGGCCUGUCGGUGACCUAAUGGCGAUACUACCGGCUUUCAAGACGGAAAGAGAUUGCUUCGUUUGGUCGCAAGUCAAAAAGGCCAUUUCUUUGAUCUUGUCAGGAAUCUCCAAUGAUAUCCAAGCUGUGGCAGCGGUUAAGGCUUACUCCCAACAAUUGCUGAGUGAAGUCAAGUCCGAAAUCAGCUGGACGGGCCAGGCUGAAAGCUAUGUCAACGGUGAAUUUGAGAAGAACAUAAUUCAACUCUCUGCCAUGGCUGAUGACGAAGACGUCGUUCGUGAGGUCAAGUGCAGAUUUCGAUCGUGGAAGAGCGGUGACCAUGGCUCUAUCAACCGAAAUCUCCAGGCACCUAUCUUUGGCAUUUCUGUUGCAAAAGGCGGAGAAGAAGAGUACUUGGACGUCAAAGCGGAAUACAUUAGAAAUCAAUCCAUCGAUGGUCGAGAAAUCUGCAUUGCAGCAAUGGGUCGGACAAGCAUCUCGACCAUGGCACGAGACUUUCUUGACUUUACGUUUUUGUCGGAGGACAAUAUUCCGCUGCAGAACGUUCAUUUUGUUGCCAUUGCUCUCGCCAACGGGCCCUGCAGUUCUGUGCUCUGGGAAUACACAAAGGAAAACUGGGAGACGGUUUACAAAAGAUUGUCGACCAACAGCGUAGCUCUCACACUUUUCAUCGAAAGUGGGCUCAGUUGCUUCGAUGAGCUGGCCGUCGAGAAAGACAUUGCCGAUUUUUUCGCUGCCCAGGAUAUCCCUGGCAUCGAAAAUCCUCUCCAGGUGGUCAGUGACCACAUCAAAAUGAACGCAGCGUACAAGACCAGGGCAGCCUCCGAGAUCAGACCUUGGUUGCAGGCAAAUGGGCUUUUGUAA